AUGUUUACAAAUGAGCAACAGUUACAAGCAUCUCUAACAAAAAAGUUAGCCGAUAAUCAAGCGAUAGAUCGAUCCAUUUUUUCCAAACGAUAUGCAUUAUCUUCCAAUGUGGCCAACGCUGAAUUAUCCGAUGAUGGAAAUAGCAAAGAAAUGCAACUACCAGAAUUGUCCCAUUUUAUCAUUCAAUCGCUAACAUCGAUACUCAUAAUUCUGAUCAAAUCAGCUGAAAAGAACGAUCCAACAAUCGUUCAUCAAAUUUUAACUCUAACCAGUCAAUUAUGUGAACAAAUUCCAGCAAAAUGUUUAUCGACCGGUGACAAUCUUUUGUCCGCAUCAUUGAAACCGUUGACAGAUUAUAUUUAUGACUUAUCCUUUUCAAAGGAUUCGACCGUAGCAAAAAAAGCUAUAAAAAUUCGAUUGGGCUUUUCAAUUUCACAAGCAUCGUUCAAACAUAUUUUACCUCUGUUGACUAAUCUCAUAUUCAUUACAGACGAUGUUUACGAUGUUCAAGGUCUAUUCAUACGAUGGAAUGAUGAUCUUACGGUAGCACUCGAUGAUUGGGAAAAACAACAGUCAACCGAUUCAACAGAAACUGAUGAAGAUGAUACUCAACCUGAACCUGAACCUGAACCUGAAUCAGAUUCAGAAUCAAAAUCGAAGUCUGAUCAUGAUGUUGAACAGGAAAAGGACAAGGACACAACAUUGAAUCAAACAGCAGCAGCUUCGGUACGAUUAACUGGCACCAACGAAACCCCAUUCGGUAUCUAUGAAACAAUCGCUGGCGGUAACAGUAGUUCAUCAACAUCUGGUUAUGGCACUGGUAAUUAUCCUUCCAAUGAGAACCCUUCAAACGUAUUCGAUGACUAUGUUUCAACUAAAUAUUUGAAUUUUGGUAAUUGCGGUUCCCAUGAUGCCGGUCUGAGAACAGGUCUCUACUUUAUACUCAAACGAGGCCCGUCAAUAGUGACAGGCCUAAGAUUUUACACAGCUAACGAUUGUCCAGAUCGUGAUCCAUUAACCGUCACGUUAGAAGGAAGUAAUGAACCCGGCGAAUUGCUCCAUCUUGGCUCUAGCUGGAAUCUUAUCUACAAGGGUCCAAGUGGUCUAGAAAAUGAUCCAGACAGACAGAGUCGCGGAGUAAAACAAUCGUUUUCAAAUUCCACGCCCUAUGCAAGCUAUCGACUUUUGAUUACUGAAAAACGUGACUACGGAGAUGCGGUUCAAUAUUCUAAAUUUCAGCUAUACGGCUACCAACAACGAGCGUCCAAUGAAAUCUGCCUAAGUUCAUUGGACUAUUUGAAAUCGAUUGAAGCAUUUCCAAAUGAACAACUGAUCAAUUUGGAUGAUCGACACUUUUCUGGACAAUUUAUUUCAUCAAUCAUUUUGGCACAUAUCGAUAUUGAUAAUGAAUUUAAUUCCAAAAAGCAAUUUCAAAGUGGUUCACUCGAUGGUUCAAUGUCAUUCGAAUUUCAUCCGGAUACGUUCAAACAAUUGUUUCGUAUUAUCGAACAAUUGGCAGCAACAAUAACGCAAGACUCGAGUACAGCUGUCAUUCAUAUGUUGACCGUGUGUUUAAGAUUGUUUACAACACAUUUGAAAUUUUUGUGUGCUGUAAAAUCAACUCUUGACAAAGAUCUAUUCGGAACAAACGAUGAACUGAGAAAAACUAUUCAAACUUCUUCCACCGAAUCAAAUACCAACAUCGAUCUAUCGAAAUUUGCAACGCCCGAUGAUUUAGAAAAAUGGUUUGAAGUACUAUUGAAAUUGGCCUGUGGUGAUAAUGAUGAAAAAUCGGACUAUAAAGCUAUACGAGUUAUCAUUGAAAUCGAAACGAAUACUGAUGAUUCGGAUGAUACAUCAUUCCCGUAUCUCAUUCAAUAUUCACAAACGAAUGAAACUGAAUGGGCCAAUGCGGAUAAAUUACGAAUUGAAGUCGCUGUUCCACCACCGACGCUACUCUCGUUGCCGAAUGUGAUUAAUUCGAAUGAAGAUAUACAUUCACUUUUGGAUACAUUGGGUUAUUUCAUACAAAUCGAUACAUCGACAACAGAGUCUCAACCAUUAUUACAAAUAAAACGUCGUUCCGUUGCUGUUCUAUGUGAAAUAUUGAAUGAGAAGAAAAUUGUCGAAAUUUUUAUGCAAAAACCGUACGCAUCUACCAUUGCCAAACUAUCGAUACCUGAAAAGAAUCGUACACCACCAAGCGAUUUACGUCUAUUCAAUAGACAACAUUUGGAACAGUACUGUUUAAGUUUAGAUAACUGUAAACGAUCGAAACAAAUCGUUGAGGAUAGUGAUACGGAAAAAGAAAUCAUCAAUGAUGAAGUUGAUGAUUCAUUUUCGAUCUGGAACCGGAUUCCAAUCGAUUGUGAGCAACUGAUUGUUGAAGCUCUAACAACAAAUUCGAUGAUUUACAACGGAUGGAAACCGUAUACAUCAAAAGAAGAUAUUGAACUAUACAAACAAGGUCGGAUUGGAGGAAGUGAUGAAUUAUCAAUUAUGCCAAUGCCACGAUCUAUUUCUGACUCGAGUGUAUUUGAAGAAUCGGGCAAUAAACAUAAAUUCAAAGGACGAAUUACACCGACCAGCGGGAAUACACACGUAUCAUUUCCAACUUUUAUUGUCGAUAAUAUUCGUUUGACCGAAGGUAACUGGUAUUAUUGUAUCAAAUUUCGAACUGCUGCUCUUGCACAAGUUGGUUGGGCAACGACUGGAUUCAUGCCCGCUGGUGACAGUGGUCGAGGAGUUGGUGAUGACAAAUAUUCAUGGUCAUAUGAUGGAUCACGAGGUACUCUUUACCAUCAGACAGAGUAUAGAAAUUUUACAUCGGAUGACAUUCGCUGGAAAGACGACGAUGUUUGCGGCUGCGCAAUUGAAAUCGACGGCGAAAAUACCAAAAUAAAAUACUGGUUAAAUGGAAGAUUUCUUGGUACAGCUUUUGAACAUCAGUGUAACAUCGGGACAACAACAACGAAGUGUAAUCUGUUACCGAACGGACGAGGUACAACCUAUUUUCCAGCUAUCAGCUCCCAAGCAACGUACAACGCGGCGGAUUAUGAGCUUAUAUUCAGUCCAGAAGACAUGACCGAAUGUCCACUACCGAAAGGCUAUAAGCCGUUAAUGAUGCCGAAAUUGAUCAAUAUUGAAAAUUCAAUUGUAGCUUAUCCUUACAGUGCUUAUUUGGUUGGCAACAAUGUUCAAGAUUAUUUUACUACGGUACGUAGAACUACGGCUUCAACUUCUGUUCUACGUGAUUUUGUCAAUGAACAACAUCUUCAAGCGACAUUUACCGUUGAAGACCAUCAGCUCAGAUUACCUGAAAAUAGUGAUGGUUUUCCAUUUUCUCUAGAUAAUUAUUCAACAUCGUUGACGAUUAGUUUCGAUUUUGAGGUUCAAACAGAAACUGAAAAUGAUAUUCUUUUAUGUACAUUGGGUACACCGGAAAUGUUUUCCGUACGAAUACCACUGAAUGGUGCUCUAGAUGAACGAAUGAAAUCAUCCAAACAUUCCUUGGAACCACUGGUUGCACCACCGUUUUCACUCAUUGUAUCGAGCUUAAUAGCAAUCGGAUACAAUGUAACUUGGAUCGAAUCUGUUAUGAAACAGUACAAAACUGAAAAUAUUCAAUUGAUUGAUACAUGGAUACGUGAAACGAAAGAAGAAUUACAGAAGAAAGAUCUUGAAGAUCGACGACAGCAUUAUUUUACAAUUCUAUCAAGAUUGAGUCCGUCGAUCGAUCGGGAAAAGAUACAAGAUUUGCUCACGUUUUCAAAAUUCGAUACCGACGAAGAAAUUGCCGCUGCUGGUGAGCUCAUAAUAGCUCAUUGGAAAAAUUUACAAACGUUCAAAUCUUCAGGCAAUGAUAAAGCGGCACCUUCAGGCAACGCAAACUGGUAUCAUCAAACCGUUGCAGCGGAUCAAACAUAUCAAUCCAAAGUAUUCAUUCUCCAUCUAUUUGUGACUUUAAUUCAAACAAGCAAAACUUUUCACUUGAGUGAACAAAUUCAAAAUUUCCUAUUUCAACUAUUUAUUGAAUUAUCAUCUAGUGAAACAAUGACUGUUAGUCGACCGAUAAUGAGUUCAGCCGGUGAGACCUAUGAACUUGUACCGGGUGGUAGCGAAAUUCCGAUUACGGCUAACAACUUUCAAGAAUAUUGUACACGUUAUCGCGAAUAUCGUCUGAAUGAAUUUAGUCGACAGAUUGAAUUCAUUCGUCAAGGCCUGUACAGUGUUGUUCCAGGCUACUACUUGAAUCUAUUUACCGCCAGUGAACUUGAAGAGAGUGUUUGUGGAAAAGGUGAAAUCGAUAUUGAAAUAUUGAAACGGAAUACUAACUAUGGUGGUAAUUUAAAUGAAAAUUCGCCACAUAUUCAACGAUUCUGGAAUGUUCUUAGUGAAAUGUUCAAUGAAGAACAGAAAAAACAGUUCUUGAUAUUUGUUUGGGGAAGAAGUACAUUGCCAGUACAAGACGAAGAUUUCACAAUGAAAUUUGGUAUUAGCGAAUAUUAUCUGUCCAGUAAUGAAGUAGAUAAAGCACUUCCACGAUCUCACACAUGCUUUUUUACCAUCGAUCUACCUGAAUAUUCAACAACUGAAAUCAUGUACGAACGUUUGAACUAUGCCAUUAUGAAUUGUUCAAGUAUUGACGGCGAUGGUAAUAUGAACGAAAUGCCGGAAUAA